CUAAGCUAUCACACGAACACAACACGCUUUUGAUUUUGAGCUCUUUAGGUCUGUGGACGGAAUACGGAAUUGCAAAGGACAAAAAAUAAUGUUUUGAUCUUUUGAUACCAUAGAUUACCCACACAUUAAUCUCAUCGAUUUCAACAUGAAAUUGUACUGUUUGAGUGCUCACCCGAACAAGCCAUGCAUCAUCCUUCAGUUCAAGGAAGUGACCAUCAUGCUCGACUGUGGUCUUUGGGCAGCGUCAGUUACGAACUUCCUUCCGAUGCCUCUGGUGCCGAGCCAGCGGCUCAAUAGCCUCAACAGCUGGGUGCCUCGAGACUGCUCCGACCCUCAGCUUGAUGGCGAGCUGAAAGAAUGUGGAGGCCGGAUUUUCGUGGAUUCGUCUCCAGAAUUCGGCGUGCCGGCCAACAACGUAAUUGACUACUCGCAGAUCGAUGUCAUCCUCAUCUCCAACUACUCUUCCAUGCUGGCACUGCCUUUCAUCACGGAGAACACCGGCUUUCAAGGGGUCGUCUACGCUACAGAGCCAACUCUGCAGAUUGGAAGACUGUUCUUAGAGGAGCUGGUGCAAACGGUCGAGAGAAGCCCGAAAGCUGCGUCCGCUAAGCACUGGAAGGCAAUGCAGCACCUUCUGCUACCUCCCCUGAAAGACGCUCCCUUCGUCAAGUCGUGGAGACAUUUAUUCGACGCGAAGAACGUCGCGGCCAGCUUGUCAAAAGUCCAGAUGGUUGGCUACAGCGAAGUUUUGGAUGUUUUUGGGGCUCUGACAGUUACACCAGUCAGCUCAGGCUAUUGCAUCGGCUCAAGCAACUGGAUAAUUUCCUCGCAGUUUGAGAAGGUCGUGUAUGUCAGCGCCAGUUCCGUUAUCAACCCUCACUCAACGAAAAUCGACCUGACACCUUUGAAAAACGCUGACCUGAUGAUUUUAUCUGACCUCACGCAGACGCCAUUAAACGACCCAGACAGUUCCAUGAAUGGAUUCAUCAACGCAGUAGGUGGGUCAAUCCAUUUUCUUUGUUUGGGAGGGACAAUGCCAUUUGUUUUUACAGCGGAAACUCUGGGUCGAAAUGGUAACGUGCUGUUGCCCUGCUACCCAAGUGGAGUGGUUUAUGAUUUAUUUGAAUGCCUCUCGGAUCAACUGGCUCAACGCGGAAUGGCGAAUGCAAACUUGUUCUUCAUCUCUCCAGUGGCAGACAGCUCGUUGGCCUACUCCAACAUUCUGGCUGAGUGGCUGUCAGGGGAGAAGCAAAACAAAGUUUACACGCCGGAAGAGCCGUUUCCACACGCGCAGUUGGUGCAGCACAAUCGUUUGAAGCAUUUUAAAAACUUGUGGGCCAGCGGAUUCAAUGAGCAAUACAGACAGCCUUGUGUCGUGUUUUGCGGUCAUCCUAGUUUGCGGUUUGGUGACUCUGUCCAUUUCAUGGAAAUGUGGGGCUCCAGUCCGUUGAACACGGUCGUCUUCACAGAGCCAGACUUCUCGCAUGUGGAUGCGUUGGCGCCAUUCCAGCCUCUGGCCAUGAACGUCAAAUACUGGCCAAUUGACAUGUCACUCAGCGCUCAACGUGCUAGCAAACUGAUCAGAGACGCUCGACCUAAAAACGUGGCUGUCGCCGCUGUUCACCUUGAGCCUCAUGUCGCUGCUCCCCAUCGAACUGAUUUUGUUAUUGAAGCAGACUGUCCAAUUCUGCCCCUACGGCGGGGAGAGGUGGUCACCGUGCCAGUCACAAGACAAAAAGAGCAGCUUAAGAUCUGCCCUUCACUGGCCAAGAUGAUUCGGCCGACCUCAGUGCGACCUGGAGUGAAUCUAGCCACAGUAACGUCUUCUCUCUUGGUUCGGGACAACAAAUUCACCGUAAACGUGGUAGAGGAUGUCACCCAGAAGCCAAUCGUGAUUGAAAAGCCCCUAGCCAGUGGUAGCAAAAGGAGACGAGGCGCCCCCACUGCUGUUCAGACAGUCGAGCUGAUGCCGCCAUCCAUCAAGCAUAGAAAGCCCUCCACCUACACGUGGGGCACCUUAGAUAUCGACGAUCUGCUCGCCAGGAUGUCAAGUGAGGGUAUCCUGGUGGCUAAACCAGAGCCAGACUCUAAUGGCAACUGCGUCAUUCACUUGCCGAAGGAGGACACCCUCAUCCAAGUGGAGCCAAAUAGCACGCACAUUUUCUGCCCAGAUGAGGCUUUGAGGUCAAAACUCAGGACGAUCUUAAUGAGGUGUUUAAAUAAAUUUUGAUGGGCUUGUCAUUCAAGUAAACUGUGCUUCAGAACUUUGUAUAAUAAGGUGAACCUGAAAAGGUUAAAUUAAGUUAUUUUAAAAAUACUCUA